AAGAAUGAAUGCCUACCGCGUCCUCAUCUAUCCCAGACCGCGCUCAUAUACAAACAUUAAUGAACGUACCCGUGAAGAAUCAUAUUUUCAUAAUGUUCUUCACGAACGCAAAAUAUAACAACCACAAGUGGAACGUGUUAACAAAUGUCAGUAGAACCCAGAAAUGUAAAAUUCUGUAAAAAUAUAUUCGACGGGUCUCAGAGUUGUUACGUGUUUACAGAAGGACGGACUGACAAACAUGGUUUUUGCAGCCCUUCUCCCAGACAUUAUGUUGACAGAGUCAUUGUGCACGUCCAGCGACGGAUCGGCUGGUGUGUGCAGGGCAUUGUCGGACUGUCCGGCUGUACAAGAUAACAUUCGGUACAGAAGACUGCCCUUCCCCGUCUUCUGUCAGUCCAAGAAUACGGACCAAAUCGUCUGCUGCUCCAACACCAGGGGGGUCGAGUCGAUGAAGCGAGUAUGUGAAGGGCCCGACUUGAAUAAAUCCGUACCUCAGGAAGACACAUCAAGGGCUAGAAGAUAUAGCGAAUAUUAUGCCAUCUACGGGGGAAGCUACGUGAUUGAAAGGGAAUUCCCCCAUAUGGCUGCCGUGGGAUUCCUGAAGAGGGGCCAAACGCUCUGGCUGUGCGGAGGGUCACUAAUCCACAAGAGAUUCGUGCUGACCGCCGCCCACUGCGUGGAAGAUAAUUCGAGAUAUCGAUAUGGCAAAGCCCGAUUCGUGCGUCUCGGAGACACAGAUCUCAAGAGCUCCGUUGAUGACGCUGAUGUACAGAUGUUCAACGUGGCGAGGCGGAUAGCCCACCCUGACUACAGGAAGCCCGAGAAAUACCACGACAUCGCGCUGCUUCAACUAGACAAAGACGUGCGUUUCAACAAUUUCGUGAAGCCAGCCUGUCUUCACACGCAGAACGCUGUCCCUGACGACAUGCCAAUAGCGACGGGCUGGGGGCUCACCGAACCAGGUAGGAGGGCGACGGGUAAAAAGCUCCUAAAGGUGGAUCUGGAGUUCCAGCCCAUGGACAAGUGCAGCGACGCCCUGACCAAGAACGUGAACCCAUUACAACUAAAAGAGCAGCUAGGCGCUGGCCUCUUGGAGGACUCCAUGUUGUGCGUCGGAGUGCUGGAGGGGGGCAAGGACUCGUGCCAGGGUGACUCUGGUGGACCGCUGCAGGUAAUGGCUCACUCGCCUAUGUGUGACUUCGAUAUAGUGGGUGUAAUAUCGUUUGGCGUUUACUGCGCAGUGGAGGACAUCCCCGCCAUCUACACCCGGGUGUCUAAGUACGUGCCCUGGAUCGAAAGUAUAGUGUGUUCGUACACAGACAGAUCCUGAAGCUUCCUCUCUUUUAUUUAGGAAUAUUUAAGGCUACUCUCAACAAAUUAGGUUUACCAAUAUGGAUAUCAAUGCAAACAGAAAAAAUAAUGCUUUCUCAUCUAUCAUUCACUUAUACACUAAUUUAAAAGCUACGCAGUACAACUGAAUGGAACGUGAGGCUGGAAAUUCCCACAAUUUGAUAGGGUUCAGAAACUAUAUUUCUUAUAAACACGUUGUAUACCACGCUAUGGGCGACAUUAAGAACACAAUUCAACAUUGUCUUGUUUUUUAUAUAGAAGUCUCAUGAGAAUAAAUAUAGUUCUGAAACAUUUUUGGGAGGAAGAAAAAUACCUGUCAAUGUAUGCUAAGAGCCAAUUAAAUAUUACAUACUUAACAA